AUGACCACUCUCUCCCCAGAAAACAGCCUCUCCGCCCGGCGCUCGGCUUCCUUCAUCCUAGUGAAGAGGAAGCCGCCCAUCGACAAGACCGAAUGGGACAGCUUCUUCGAUGAGAACGGCCACUUGGCCAAGUCCCGGGACUUCAUUUGCGUUAACAUCCUGGAGAGGGGCCUGCACCCCUUCGUGAGGACGGAGGCGUGGAAGUUUCUCACGGGCUACUACUUGUGGCAGAGCUCCCAGGACGAGCGGCUCACGGUGGACAGCACGAGGAGGAAAAACUACGAGGCCUUGUGCCAGGUGUACGAGAGGCUCCAGCCUCUGUUGGAAAAUCUGCACCGGAACUUCGUAGAGACUCGGAAUACCAUCGCGUACGACAUCAAGAAGCUCUACGACAAAGACCCCCUGGGGAACGUCCUCGUGGACAAGAAGAGACUGGAGAAGGUCCUGCUGCUGGGCUACGUCUGCAACACCCAGGCAGAGUACCAGCGGGGCUUCCACGAGAUGGCCAUGCUCUUCCAGUUGAUGGUGGAGCACGACCACGAGGCGUUCUGGCUGUUCCAAUUCUUCCUGCAGAAGACGGAGCACAGCUGUGUCAUCAGUGUCGGGGUCGGCCGGAACCUGGACAUGCUGAGCGCGCUGAUCGGCUUCCUGGACCCCGUGUACGCCGAGCACCUGAAGGGGAAGGGCGCCGGGGCCGUGCAGUCCCUCUUCCCCUGGUUCUGCCUCUGCUUCCAGCGCGCCUUCAAGUCCUUCGACGACGUCUGGAGGCUCUGGGAGGUGCUGCUGGCAGGGAAGCCCUGCAGGAACUUCCAGGUGCUGGUGGCCUACAGCAUGCUGCAGAUGGUGCGAGAGCAGGUGCUGCUGAACAGCAUGGGCGGGGCCGACAUCCUCCUGGCCUGCAACAGCCUCGUGGACCUGGACGCCGACGAGCUAAUCUCGGCUGCCUGCAUGGUUUACGCUGAGCUCAUCCAGGAGGACGUUCCCCAGCCGUUGAAGGACUUCCUUCUCUGAGGAUGCUGGGGUCCACAGAGGACGGGCGCCCCCAGGACAGACGGAGGCACUUCCUGGGACACGAGGAAGAGGACCCAGCCGAUGGGGCGCGGGGUGGGGGAGUAUU